CAAUGGGAAAUUUCGCUGUUUUGAGGCGCCACCGGCUUUUUCACUCAAUGAACCAUUUGACAUUUUCGCAUAAGAACUUCGUAGACGGCCAAGCUAGAAAGCCGUGCAGCAAGCUCAACCCUCAAGAAGUUCUUUGCCCUGCUGCAAAGUUGCUGUCACAUGGGUUUUCAACUCGCGCUAACACGCACAACUUGUGUGGGAAAAGUGCCAGCAAGAAUACCAUAAGAAGAAUGAAAUUCUCUGCCGACCUUGGAGCAAUUGUGAACCCAUUGCUCGUGCUGUUGCUUCUUGCCUGGAUCCAGUUGAGCCGAGCGAAGCGUCUCAAUACGAUGGACCCGGACAGCCCAGAAGCCUACCAGAUGGCUGAGUACGCCGAAAUAACGAUGUCAGAAGACGGUGACGUUGUCAACCGAGUGUCCAAAGUUCGACUAGUAUUCUGGAACGAAGUGGACGCUGGAAAGGCGUACACACUGGGGUACCUGACGAGGCCGACGGUCUGCAGAUAUCCCGUGCGUGGCGAGAUAGAGAGAUGUACCAUGACUGACCCGACGCCAAACAGAGACUGCUUAGCUGUCGUAACGCAGCCUUACAUAGGAAGCAAAGGAAAUAUAUGGACUGUGGACCACUACGAGUGCGGGCCUCCCUUUCGUUUGGAUGAACAUCAAAAGCGGAACGCCGAAUUUUUUGAGGACGCUCAAAACGGAACUACAAGUCGGGCCAGCAACAACGUUUCUCUCGGAAAUCAAGUCAGAUAAGAUGAAAUAAACUUCUGAGGUACACCCUUGAA